CUACAUAGUACGUACUUGUAAGGUCGUCAAGUGCCACCCGUGUUGCGCCUGGCGAUUUGAUAAAUGUCCCUAAACCAAAUUCCCAAGUAUUCUUUUUUAUCCUCAAUACUUCCAAGAUAAUCUUUCCAUACACUAUACACCGUCUACAAACACACGUGGGUUGUGUUCAUUUGUGAUUCACAUAACUACGACUUUGCCCUUCUGACUUGAAGAGAAGCUUUGAAAGCUCCGUUGAUACUAAAGAACUAAAGAACGAGUCCACACUUAAUAAACCCGACUCUAAAACCAGUUCCCCCUCCAAAGCGAGACCUAUCUUGAAACGAAGGCCUGCCAACUGUGGCUUCGACUCAUAUCUCAACAUAAAGAAGCGAACUCAAACGCUACCUACUGAAGAUGACCGAAUCGUUGGCUACACUAGGGGGUAUUUCAGAUCCCGCCCUGAUCAAACUCGUCAACAGACUGCAAGAUGUCUUUUCUACCGUCGGUGUCAAUAAUCCUAUCGAUCUGCCGCAAAUAGUCGUCGUCGGAAGUCAGUCUAGCGGUAAAAGUUCCGUGCUUGAGAACAUCGUUGGUCGAGACUUCUUACCUCGAGGUUCCGGUAUCGUAACAAGACGACCCCUCAUUCUACAACUUAUCAACCGACCCCCGGUCGCCCAAACGAACGGAGUUAACGACGACGUCACUAACUCUACGGAUAAGGCAGCCAACGAGGAUGAGUGGGGCGAGUUCUUGCACAUUCCUGGACAGAAGUUCUACGACUUUAACAAGAUUCGGGAUGAGAUCAGCAGGGAGACGGAGGCCAAAGUCGGUCGCAACGCCGGGAUUUCGCCCGCGCCGAUCAACCUAAGAGUCUAUUCUCCCAACGUCUUGACCCUGACGUUGGUUGACUUGCCCGGUCUGACAAAGGUUCCCGUAGGGGAUCAACCAAGAGAUAUCGAGCGGCAAAUUAAAGAUAUGGUUCUGAAGUACAUCCAAAAGUCGAAUGCUAUCAUUUUGGCCGUUACUUCUGCCAACAUCGAUUUAGCUAAUUCGGACGGUCUUCAACUUGCUAGGGAAGUGGAUCCCGAAGGACAGAGGACAAUCGGUGUCUUGACGAAGGUGGAUCUGAUGGACGAGGGUACAGACGUUGUUGAUAUUCUUGCCGGACGCAUUAUUCCGCUACGACUUGGAUAUGUGCCUGUCGUAAACAGAGGUCAACGGGAUAUCGACAACAAGAAGCCUAUUUCGGCAUCCCUCGAAGCGGAGAAGAACUUCUUCGAAAAUCACAAGGCUUAUCGGAACAAGAGCUCAUACUGCGGUACCCCCUAUCUAGCGAGAAAGCUCAACUUGAUUUUGAUGAUGCACAUUAAACAAACUCUACCCGAUAUAAAGGCAAGAAUUGCUAGCUCACUACAAAAGUACACUGCCGAGCUCGAAAGUCUAGGCCCGUCGAUGCUAGGUAACAGCGCGAAUAUCGUUCUUAACAUCAUUACCGAAUUUACGAAUCAAUGGCGGACUGUUUUGGAAGGUAACAAUGGCGAGCUGUCCAGCACAGAACUCUCUGGUGGUGCCCGAAUCAGCUUCGUGUUCCACGAAUUAUACUCCAAUGGUGUCAAGGCGGUCGAUCCUUUUGAUGUUGUGAAAGAUGUCGAUAUCAGGACGAUACUAUAUAACUCGUCUGGCUCUUCCCCGGCGCUCUUCGUCGGAACAACCGCCUUCGAAGUGAUCGUUAAGCAACAGAUCAAGCGACUCGAGGAGCCCAGUCUCAAAUGUGUCUCACUCGUUUAUGACGAGCUCGUACGCAUCCUAUCACAACUCCUCACUAAAGCACUAUACAGGAGAUACCCGCAGCUGAAGGAGAAGUUCCACGGCGUCGUUAUCAGUUUCUUCAAGAAGGCUAUGGAGCCCACCAAUAAGCUUGUUAGGGACCUUGUAGCUAUGGAGUCAUGCUAUAUCAACACGGCUCAUCCUGACUUCCUUAACGGUCACCGAGCAAUGGCCAUCGUAAACGAGCGGUAUAACGGCGCAAAACCUGUUCAGGUCGAUCCCAAGACCGGAAAGCCUCUACCAGCAACAGCUACGCCAGGACGUGCUGCUAGUCCCUCAAUAGACAACCUGGAUAACAACUCGGGCUUCUUCGGCAGUUUCUUCGCUGCCAAGAACAAGAAGAAGGCCGCUGCUAUGGAGGCUCCUCCUCCGACACUAAAGGCUUCUGGAACUCUUUCCGAGAGAGAGAACAUUGAAGUUGAAGUUAUCAAGCUAUUAAUUGCUUCAUAUUUCAACAUUGUCAAGAGGACAAUGAUCGACAUGGUCCCCAAGGCUAUCAUGUUGAACCUUGUCUCGUAUACUAAGGAGGAAAUGCAACGAGAGCUCUUGGAGAACAUGUACCGAAACGAUACCCUAGAUGAUCUACUGAAGGAGAGUGAUUACACCAUCCGCCGGCGGAAGGAGUGCCAGCAAAUGGUCGAGUCCCUCGGCAAGGCCAGCGAGAUCGUCAGCCAAGUUCAGUAAUGCGGAGGAUCAGCCAGUGUCAUGCCGCGGGCAUCAGAUAUUUUUCUGGUCGGUCAGUUAGAAUGGUUAUGGUCCCGGUGCGAUAUGGAAGAAGUGCGCCGCGCUAUCGCCGGAGUGUUGUUGUUAGUUUUUAUUGGCAAUCAGUGGUCGGGUCUUGUUGAGUAUGCCUCCCUACCUCUUCUCCCCCUUUUUCAUAUACAUUAGUCAUGUCAUGUCAUGUCAUACCCCAGCCCCCUUUUAGACACGUUCGGUUCGUCGGUAGAUG